CGCCAUAAUGAAAUUUACAAAAUGGGAGUGAUCUGAAGCUGUCAAAAAGUCGACAAUUUGCCCCUUAUUUAAAGCAAUUUUCCGGGCCCAUAAGAGCAUGUGAUAUGACAUAUAACACAAUGCAGCAUAUCAAUACCAGAUCACCAAAUAAAUUUUUCAAAUGUGGAGGAUAAGACAUCCAUUAGACUACCAAAAUUUACCACAGACAUUAGGUCCCUUCUUAAACAAAUCGGUGGUCUGGUUCGGCUUGUCAUCAUGGAGCCUCCUGCUGAAGUGGAGGGUAAGCGACUAGAGGAGAUCGGAAAGAUGACGUCGCUGUCGCAGGAGGAGAUAAUGUCCAACACAAAGACGGUGAUUCAGGGACUGGAUACACUGAAAAAUGAACACCACCAGAUUCUCAAUGGAUUAUUAACUACCAUGAAAACUAUAAAGAAAGAAAGUGCUGACACUAAUUUGAUAGAAGAAAAAACAAACAUUUUGAAAAAGUCUUUGGAAACUAUUGAACUGGGUUUGAGUGAAGCUCAGGUUAUGAUGGCAUUAUCACAACAUCACGAACAUGUAGAAGCAGAAAAACAAAAAUUACGAGCUAAAGUCCGAAGACUUUGUCAAGAAAAUGGCUGGUUACGGGACGAGCUUGACGCAACACAACAAAAACUGCAAGUCAGUGAACAACGGGUAGCAAUAUUAGAAGAAGAAAAGAAACAUCUAGAAUUCAUGAAUGAAAUGAAGAAAUAUGAUACAAAUGAAUCUCAGACUUCUGAAGGCGAGAAGGAGCAGGAAAAGUCUGGAGAGAAUGCAUUAAAUACAAGCACAAACCUGGAACUAGGUUUCCCUGAGGAUGAUGAGGAAACAAAUAAUCCUGAAGUUCUUUCUCCGUCACAGCCCAGUGCGAUGGCGCAGGCUGCUAGUGGAGGUUAUGAGAUUCCAGCACGAUUACGCACUCUACAUAAUCUAGUCAUACAAUAUGCCUCACAGGGUCGUUACGAGGUCGCAGUACCUUUAUGUAAGCAGGCUUUGGAGGAUCUUGAAAAAACAAGUGGCCAUGAUCAUCCAGAUGUGGCCACUAUGUUAAACAUUCUUGCCCUUGUGUACAGAGAUCAAGGCAAAUAUAAGGAAGCGGCCAAUUUAUUAAAUGAUGCCCUAGGCAUACGUGAGAAAACAUUAGGACCAGAUCAUCCGGCCGUAGCUGCCACAUUAAAUAAUUUAGCUGUGUUAUAUGGUAAACGUGGAAAAUACAAGGAGGCUGAACCACUUUGUAAACGUGCAUUAGAAAUUAGAGAAAAGGUGUUAGGGGAGGAUCAUCCAGAUGUUGCUAAGCAACUAAAUAAUUUAGCUCUUCUUUGUCAAAAUCAAGGCAAAUAUGAGGAGGUUGAACAUUAUUAUACACGAGCAUUAAAAAUUUACCUGAAACAAUUAGGGCCAGAUGAUGCAAAUGUUGCAAAAACUAAAAAUAAUUUGGCUUCAGCGUUUUUAAAACAAGGAAAGUACAAGCAAGCAGAAGUUUUAUAUAAAGAAAUUUUAACCCGUGCACAUGAAAAAGAAUUUGGAAAAGUUGGAGGUGACAACAAGCCAAUAUGGAUGCAAGCUGAGGAGAGAGAAGAGAACAAGCGGUCAUCAAGUUUAGCCCAGAAACUUCUGGGAAAAUACAAGGAAGGUCAGAGUCCACCAGAAUAUGGAGCUUGGCAUAAAGCAACUAAAGUAGAUAGACCCAGCUCUGGUAGCAAUUCAGCUCCCACAGUAACCACAACUCUAAAGAAUCUUGGUGCAUUGUAUCGUCGUCAAGGGAAAUGUGCCGCUGCAGAUAUGCUAGAAGAAUGGGCCAUUAGGUCAAAGAAAAAUACCAGGGAAGUAUAUGUGAAAGAUGGCAUGGCCCUUGAUGUGGUCAGGCAGGCCAAAGUUGCUGAAGUACUAGGAAGCGAGUAUGCUAACCAAAACAAUAAAGAUUUCCGCCGACGAUCAAACAGUCGUGAGCGAGUCCGUCGUGACUCGUCCGACAUAGCAUAUGAUCGAGGGUAUGGGGAGGGAGACGAAGUGAGUAUAGAUAAAUCCUGGUCGGGGUUAUCUGCCUUUUUGCCUGGAAAACUUAAAAGAAGUGGCUCAUUGUCCAAAUUACGAGCUUCUAUAAGGCGGAGUAGCGCAAAACUGGUCCAGAAACUAAAAGGAAAGGCUGAUCCAGAAAAUGGAAGUUUCAGUGCUCCUGAAGUUGAGAUGGAAUCUAUGGCCAUACACCAGUCAGGCUGGGAGUCAAACUUUUAUAGCAGAGGCCCUGAGCCUAGUUACAUGUCAGGUCUAGGCUUUGGGGGACCACCAAGCAGCAUGAAAAGAGCAAGCUCCUUGUCAGUGCUCAACAUAAGCAGUAAAGAUGAUAAAUUACAUCAUGACUUUGCUGGAGGGGAAUUGGUCCGAGUAUCAUCCUGGGGUGAUUGGGAGGUUGUACAUUGUUCUAGUCAGUACAAAAAGGCCACUGGCAAACAAUAUACACAAGGAACCAGUAGCCAGGUCAAGAUACUUGACCCUGCAUCAAGCAGGGUACCGGCUUCAGGAAGGAAAGUCGAAGAUCUUUUGGUGAUUUAAGUGUUCGAGGACGGACGGCCAGUUCUGAUCAACUUGCAAAUCGACCAUUUUGACCAUGACUUUUGCUUAUUUACAUUAGAAAUUUUUAUUUAAUGAUUCUUAGGAAUCGGUACCAAGAUCAACCUUGUGAGACUUUCAUCAUGGACGCUCCAGAUGUUAAUCAGUAAAACAGUAAAGAACAACAGUGUGUCAUGGAUAAUAAAAUGCUGAAAUACAUUGGUUGAAAGGUCUACUAUCAACCUUUGUGCUUUAUUUAUAGAUUACCAUAGUUUGGCUAUAUAUAUGAAAGUGCUUUGUACACAGCUACUGAAAACUAUGUGUUUGGAUUGAUGUAACACGCAUUAUUUAUUAACUGUGUAAACAGAUUUGUACAUAAGAAAGCGAGCAUAGAAGAAAGAAAAAAAUCAGCAUAUGUUUCAUGUGAUAACAAGAACAAGUUUGCUGUAAGACUUUGCAAAGUUGCUUUUGGUAUUGACGUGUUGUGAUUAAAAACAGUGCUGAUGAUACAACAUUGUUUUCUCUGUUUGUGGCUUUAUCGUCUUGGGAAAUGAAUAAAAUACUUUAUUCUUACAUGGUAGUACACUGCAUGACUAGGGGCAUUGUGAGUUUGAUCGACAAGCUUGAAACAGUGUUGUAUUUUUGGCAAUGUGUUCAUAAAAUCCAAUUGUUACAUUACCAUUAUAUGGGGAAUUGUUAUAUUUUAACAAUGUGUUUGUUAAAGUAUUAAGGGUAUUUAUGUUAACAUUGGAAUUGUUUUUAAACCAUUUAAAUGUACCGCUUAUUGGAAAAAAAGAUAUCUCAUUAUAAUAGACUGGUUGAGAAUCACUUGUGUCACUCUUGUACGUUAUGCAAUACCUAAGCACGAUUUGCCAAAUAUUUUGCUGUCUUGAAAUGUAUACAGUUUUAAGUGCAGAUUGUUUUGAAUUGCAGAUUUUUUCACCCAUAAAUUAAACCAGCAGUACUUACUAUUGCUUUUUUUUUUUUUGCAGAACUUUUUUCGGAAUGAAGGUAUAAACAUAAUUUUUUGUAUAUGAAACUGUUUUAUACAAAUAAUCAGUGUUUUGUUUACUGCAACAGGUUUCAGUUAAAUUGAUAUCAAUUAACAGCUUCUAAUUAAAGAAAAAGUUUGUAUUUCUUACUUUGAAUUGUUUUACUUGCUAUAGUGACAAAUUUAGACCCUCUUUAAUUGAAGAACUUUAGAUACAGUGAUUGUUAGCCAGUUUGUUUCUCAUAGUUUACACAUUGUUCAUAGUGAACAUUAAUUCACCCCAGAACAUUAAUAUCGUGGUCUCAAUAUUUUACAUGUGUACUGUACAUAGUUCUAACGCUUUAUGCUGCAUGCAUUCUGCUCAUUCUUUUAAUUAGACAUUUUUAUCAGCCUAUUAAUUGUCAGGUAUAACUUGAUAAAAGACAAAACAGGAAACUAUAUUUCUGUAUAUUAUCAAUACAAAGUUCAUAUUACCAUUUUUGGUGGUUGAUAUAAAUUUGAAUGAUACUGGUAUUGAUUAAAUUGCUAUAAAUUUCAGAUAUUUUAGAAGUUAGGAAUUAAUUCGAAAAUUAACCAUAGCUUGCCUGUAUCAGGUUUAUCUAUUUCAGCUUGGAAUAGUGUCAAGGUCAUGAUAAUCUUCAGUGGCACAAAGUGCAAUGAGUUUGUUUAAAGUACGAUUGUAACACUCACCUUCGAUAGUUUAGCUGGAUUGUAAUAGUUUUAAUAAUAUCCUGUGAAAAUCACAUAUUUUCUUUGAAACUGUGAUUCCUGUAGCUUGCGAGGAUGUGUUUGAAAUUUCAAAUUAUUAACCUGUAAUAUUACCUUCCUGAAGGCCUAUCUGUAAAACUUCAGUUAGAUCUGUCACUGUCGUAUAUACAUAAAGAGAGAUAACAUACAGAUAUGUUUAGGAUCCAUUGGUUAAAGUGAGUAAUAGUUCAUUGAUCAUGUAAACACAAUGGGAGAUAAAUAAAUACACUGCUAGACAUUAGAAAUUUAUAUAUUCAUAGUCAGUCCUGGUAGAUCAGUUCAGAUGAAGUCUUAUAUCGAAGUUAAAAGCAAAAGAAAGUAUUCGGCAAGGUACCUAAACACAAACAAAACUGACAGUAAUACGCAAAAAACACACAUGAAAAUAACAGCUACAUAAAACUUGACACACAUGAAAAUAAAUUCUACGUACAAACUUGAAAAUAAAGAUGGCUGAGUCUUUAUCCAAAAGCAUAUCUUUUUUAAAUGGAGACAAGAACUUGAACGGAAACGCGAAGAAUUGACUUUGCUGAACUAUCAGGAGUGAUAUUUGGUGACUUUAACAGUCUAUAACAUUCCUUAUCAUCUGCUGUAAAUUCUUGUUCAUCAUGCUAAUCACUGUAUAAUGUUAAUAUCGGCAAUUCUGUGUAUUUUUUUGUGGGCGUGUCAUUUUCAUCAACAUUAAGUCGAGUACUGUCAUUUGAAAAUGACCUCUUUGAAAUGUCAAUAUAAAAUUUGCUGUAUAUCCAGUUAAAGAGUAACUGUUCAGAGCAUUUGGGGAUGCCAGACCGAUUUUCCUGGUGUAGGUAAAAGUAAUGGGAAAGCCAGUCUAGUAUGUAAGAAUUAAUUGUCAGUUAUUUUCAUGAAGCGUAAACAUGUUUUUAUUACCUUUAUACAAGUGUACCAGUGUUAGUUUUAAACUGAGAUAUGUGCUUGUCAAGAAAAAAAGGUUCAUCUUGGUAUAUCUUACAUAGGCUUUUAUUGAUUGACUUUGGUCACUUCACAUGGCAGUGCUCGUCUGAGUGGACUUCAGCUGCCUUUACAUUGAUACUAAUUUGUGCUUCUUAAGAAAACUGUGCUUGCCAUUUGUGAUGUGUUAAUCUACAAUCAUGCCUCAGAUAUGCAUUUUAUGUUGAUUAUUGUCACCUUUUAUUAGCAUAAAUUUUGUACAAAUGGGAAAACUUGCAAUACAUGACGGUAUCUAGUAUGAAUGGGUUUUGGCUAGAUGUGCUAGUACAAUUGAACAAAACGUUUUGGCAUUUUUAUGUAGUCACAGUUGGAUUGGCAUUAUGUAAGUUUAAAAUCGAGAGGCAAUGUAUGAGAGUUAGUUACCUUCGGUGUUUGCUUGAUGAAAUGUCAGGUUAUUUACAUAUCUGGUAUUGCCAUGAACCAUGUUUACCAAAAGGUUAUGUAUACUAGACUGAUUUGGCUUUGGAUUCCCCUAGAAAAUGUAACAGAUUUCAUGGAACUAGAUUUGUAAAUGACUGUUGUAGUUGAUUUUAAAGGAAGAAAUUGUUUUACAUAGUUUUAAGGACACAUUUCCAAAAGAAAGAAGAAAUUGAACUGUACUGUGAUUUAUCUGUGUAAUCAUGUGAACGUUACUAUGGAAAUGUGCCAUUGUGUUUACUUUAAUACUGCACUUUGUGUUUUUAAACUGCUGACACGGAUAUUUAUGAAUGCAGUACAACUACAGUGAGAAAUGUCUAGUGUCUGGGUUGUGAACAGUAAUAUGUGGAAAAGCUUUCUCUGUUAACAAAAAAAGGAUAAAGAAUUCAGCUCCUGACAAUUACACAUUCUCAUCUCUCGGAGAAGUCAAAUUUUGUUAAGCAACUGCAAUGCAUUUUUUUUGUUUCAUAUGUUAUAAAAGAGUAAUUUUUACACAAAAAAUUAUAAUGAAUGAAAUUUUGAUACUGGUAAAAUGUUGGUGUAAUAAGAUGGCCUGUUAUACAUUAUUUGGCGAUAUCUUUGCUUAUGUAAAUUUGCAUACUAUUAUUACAGAUUGCACAUUGUUAUAAAACCAUUAUAUAAGUCAUUAAACAUGUUAACGUAAUACAUUUAUAGAUUAUGUUUGUCUUUCAAUGUUUCUGACAUGUUGAUUAUGAUUUUAUUUGCAAUAUAACGUGCUUGAGAUUGGAUGAUUAUUGGCUGUUGGCUUUUUUGUCAAGGUCAACUUUAAACUGUGGCAGUGUAUGUUACAGGAAGAUGCAAAGUCAUCUGCUGGUGUUUUAUCAGCUAAAUUACAAAGUAGGAAGUUAAUUUUAAUUUUAAUUUCCUGAAGCUAAAGUUUAAAUGGUAUUUUAUAUACUUUCCUUAAGUGUCCUGUUAAAACUAAUGUUGAAAUAAUAUUUAAAAUGGAAUCAGUAAUUGUGCUGCAGAUAGGACAGUAUUGCCACAGAUUAGGGCUGACCUUCCUCAUCUCCAUAAAUUAAAAAAGAAAAAAGAAAGUGGCACAAGUUUCAGUGAAAGUUUACCUCUGCAUAAGAAGAUGUUAACGUUAAUUGAAAUGUUUAUUAGGUCACUUUUGGUAUUUAGCAGAUUAAAAAUGGGAUAAAAUUCAGGCCAGAAGUAUUUCACUGAGUUAUGGUUGUAUACAGAUAUGAAUAAUUAUUGCUCUUCAAAACAAAUUAAAACAUGAGAAGUUUUGUAUAACAACAUAUGAGUAGGUAGAUAAAAGAUAUAGAUCCCAAUUUAUUGCAAUGUGUACAAUGCAUGUGUAAAGAAAAAAAUAUGCUUUAAGAAAUAGUUAUGAAAGGUUACUUCAAGUAGGUAUAUUUGUCUGGACAAUGUUUUUUGCAGAAGAUUGUGCAUGAUGUAUUUUAGCAAUGGGUUGUGUUUAUUUGAGUGGACAAGGGGAAUAACUGCUAUAUACAAACAAUUUGAGUGAUCAGUUCUUGUUGUGCCUAUGUUAUUUAUUAAAAUUAUCCAAAUAUCAUGUA